AUGCAAAUUGUGUUCAGUAUAGCACCAGUCUCGCUAUUUAUUCGGUUCACGAUGUACAAAAGUACUGCUAUCAUCUUUUUCGUUAUUUUGAUGGUCGGGAGUAGCUUACAACAAGGCGGCGCCGAAGGAGGAACUAAUGCCGGUAUAGGCUUUAGUCUUGGUGGCAAUGCCGGUGGCGGUGCCGGUUCUGAUGCCGGCGCCGGAGCCGGAGGUGGCGCUGGUUUCCAAUUCGGCGCUAAUGCCGGAGCCGGAGGCGACGGCAAAGCUGGUAGUAGCAAUGGAUUCGGAAAGUAAUAUAUUUCUCUAAUAUAGAAUUCUGUUUUCAAACAAUGACAAGAAGAAUCGAACAGUACAUGAACUAUUUCUUAUUAUGUAUGAUGUCCAAAAACUACUGAUUCCAAUCAGAUGUUAUUGUUAUACAAAUUUUUAAAUGUAUUAAAACACUUUUUAUAUUAAUAAUUUAUAGACUGUGACAACAUGCUUGGUGUGUUAUGAAUGUUAUAGAAUAACUACAGAUAAGAUGCUACAUACUUUGUUGUUUAAUAUCUACAAAACACAGUGCACCCAGAUAACUAUUAAAUAUAAGUCUGUCAUAUGUGCUCCAUGAAUUAAUAAAAGUAUUUUAAAUGUUUAAUAUUA